ACAGCGACAGCAGCAUCCGAGGAGAUGAUCCGGUCAGGCUCCGGUAACACACUCAGCAAACGGUGAAGUGUUUUUACCGGCGGAGAUGUCUCUGUCGUCCACGGGGAGCCCGGACACGACCAGCCGGAGGAGGAGGCCGGCUGAACACGCGCAAGAUUCUUCAAGCGAGCAUGAUCCUCUGUUAGGUUACAGUAAUGAACAGGCCCAUGAUCGACUGUGUGGCGCUCAGCACGCAGACUCCUCCACUCCAUCUUCACAACACUCCUUAUAUCCUGCAACAAAAUGCACUGCUGCACGUGCAUGUCCGAGCCAUAAUGCAUGCGAAGACAGCUGGGAGGAAAGCCAAAAUAAGAGAACCAUCAGAGCCGAGAAUGAAGUGGAAGCCAACAAACUGGUCAACAACUACAGAUUUGGGUUUAGAAAGUGGAAGAGCCACGUGACGGAGCGGCCGUUUGAAGGCCGGUCAGAUGUUGUGAAAGAACUAUACUCUGAGCUGAAUGUCAUAAAACCGCAUUCAGGUCCAGGUCAUUUCAUCACAUGUGGAAACGUAGCCUACGUGCUCCUGUUUGGUUGGUGGGUUUCUCUGGCAUAUUUCCUGGUUGGCACACUGAUGUUCAUCACUGUUACUGGGGUACCGUAUGGUAAACUGUGCUGGAAGCUGUGCUGCUACUUCCUGUGGCCGUUUGGCAACCCAAUCCACGAGAUGGGAAAUACACUGAGGCGAUGCUGUGAGCGCGCACCAGACUGUGAGUGCAGUAUGGAGGCGGAAGAAGAUAACUCACCAUUUCUGCUGCCAUCACCCACAGAGGUGUCAGUCCCAGAGAUGCCAGACCGACCUCUGCGCACUCCUUACUGGCGUCGUUUUGCCACCUAUGUGUGGCUGCUGCUGGGAUAUCCUCCUCUGGUGGUCGUUCACUCUCUGGCGUGCUUCAUCUCCUGGAUCCUGGUCUUCACCAUCCCAGUUUUCAAGAUGAACGCACGAACUCUGGGCGUCAUCCUCCUGCUGCCUCCUGAGGAUGUGUCUAUCUCUGCUGGCUCACAGAGGAAGCAUCAAGGCUAUGAGACCAGAGCGCUACUGUGUUGUUACCACGCUGCCAACUGGUUCUACUACAAGUACACGAUUGAUGGGAUUAAUGUGUUUGCUGCCAACCUCCUCCCUUUAGUGAUAGUUGCCCUGGUAACUGGAUAUAUUGACAGAGAAAACAAGUACGCCAGCUCCGAUGUCAAAUUCACCAUAGCAAUUGGCUCCAUCAUACCUCUGUCAUAUUACAUUGGCAUGGGAAUUGCCAGCAUUUCAGCUCAGAGUAACUUUGCUGUGGGCGCUGUGGUCAACGCCACCUUUGGUUCCAUCACAGAACUGACCUUUUACAUCACAGCCCUGCUCAGAGGUCACCAGCAAGCUAACACCUGUCUGGAGGAGGUUGUUAAGGCUGCGCUGACUGGGACACUGCUUGGAUGUAUCCUCUUUAUUCCUGGCAUUUGCAUGAUAAUUGGAGGUCUGCGUCACAGUGAGCAAAGGUUCAACAGCCGUUCUGCAGGAGUGAGCUGUGCGCUGCUUUUCAUCUCCAUAGGAGGUGUGUUUGCACCCACGCUCUUCUCUAAGGCUUAUGGGAACUUGGUGUGUGACUCCUGUACCAACUCUACCGGGGCAAACAGCACAAGCAACAGCAGCGGGCCGUUUGUCUGCCACAACUGCCACUAUGACCUGAGCAAUGGUACACUGUUUCACAACCAUGUCCAGCCUCUGGUGUACACCGUGUGUGCCCUUCUGCCCGUUGCCUACAUCAUCGGUCUGCUCUUCACUCUGAAGACGCACUCCCACAUUUACAACAUUCACGUAGGAGAAGUACAGGGUAUGAAUCACUCUAACGAGUCACACUUAACAGUGAGUGGCCACCACGGGACGGUGGUCCACUGGUCACGCUGGAGGUCUCUGGUCAUCCUCAUCUUGGCUACGGUGCUCACGUCUGCUUGUGCCGAUCUUGCCACUGAGCACAUUCAGCCCAUACUAAGCCAACCAAACAUCUCUCAGUAUUUCAUCGGGGUGACCGUUCUGGCUAUGGUUCCUGAGAUCCCCGAGAUUGUUAACGGGAUCCAGUUUGCACUCCAGAACAACAUCAGUCUCAGCCUCGAGGUGGGAAGCUGUAUCGCUGUGCAGGUCUGCAUGCUACAAAUACCAAUACUGGUCCUAUUUAAUGCUUUCUAUGAUGUGGGAUUUGUGCUGAUUUUCAGUGACCAGCACCUGUGGGCCAGCAUCUUCAGUGUGAUCUUGGUCAACUACAUCUUCAUGGAUGGCAAGUGUGAUUAUUUUCAGGGUACGGCUCUGGUGGUCGUCUACCUCAUCCUCCUGGCUCAGUACUACUUUGCUCCAUCUCCAGCCAGCUGUUGAACAUUGGAUGGGGAUUUUCAGCACAAAUUGCAGAUGUUUUUUGGCAGGUUCUUAUCUCGUCAAAUUAUGCAUAAAUGUCGAUGGGGGAAUCCCAAAUGGAAUCUUUAAAUUUUUUUUAUCUAUUUUAUUUCUUUUAUUUUAAUCAUACUUGAGACAAAACUAAAAAUUGUAAGCUCAGGAUGGUACUUUUGUGACUAGUGCUGUUAAAAAAUGUAUAUUUUAUAAACUGACAUAACUAACAGCGAUGAGAGAUCAACUAUUUUUACUGUACAACAGGAGUUUCUGCACUGAUCAUACUUUAAAGGAACAAUUGUGAUGAAGUUUGUAUAUUUUAACUGCAGUAAAAUGGUAUGUGUGCGAUAUGUAACAUUUUUAAAUGACAGUCGUGUGGAUUAUGUAAGAAAGUUUACCCUCUUUUACAUCACACAGUGCUUAGCAGAUUUUAUAAUGAUUCAAACGCAGCCUCAGAUGAACGACAACAGCAUGAGAUAUUACAAAGUGUCAUUAUUUAACCAAAGCUACGCCAAAACAGAAGCAGUGUGUGAACAACUACCACACACCCCGUUUGUUCAUGCACAGCUCUCAGUCAGGUUGACGUCUGGAGUUUGAAAUGUCUUUGCUACACUUCGAUUUGCUGCUGUGCUUCAGAUCCUUUUGUUGCAUUACCCAAUUUGGCCAAGAGUCAUCAGUUAGAUGGCCUCACAUUCGACUCUAGAAUACACAUAAAGAGGUCCCAAGUCCUGUGGCUGCCAGACCACCAUCCCUUGGAGACCCCUCGGGGGUCUUACCACACAUUAAUCCCUAGCAUUUAAUUGUGACUGAGUUUUAUUGUACAGCACUUUGGUCAACCUGUGUUGUUUUUAAAAUGUGCUUAUAAAUAAACUGACUUACCAAAAUGAGUUCUACCUUCCCACUGUCUCCCCAUAAGAGGGGGGGGGGGUCAUCACUUUACAAUAAAGCACCUUGAGGCAAAUGUUGUGAUUUAGCACUAUAUAAAUAAAUCUGAAUUACCCAGUAUUCUGCCCAAGGAUACUUCAACAUAUGAGCAGGAACAGCAGGAACCAGGAAUGGAUGCACUGAUCUUAUUGGUAGACCUGGUUCCCUGCCUGAGCCACAUGUGAUGUAGCCUUUGGGAUUUUUGCAGUUUCUCAGGAUUGCACGAUCUGAGCUUGGGGCGCUCAAACUUGCUGAUGAUCAGUUAAUCAAGUACAUUUGAUUAGCAGCAUCUGGCUUGUACUUAGCCUCUUAUAUAGGCAGUAAGAUAGUACCUAGCUUUUCCACAAACUGCUUCUACAUUUUUUUAUUUGUUUUUGUUAAAUAAAUAAUGACUGUAUUAUUCUGCCGUUUUUGCUCAUUUUAGGUUGUAUUACCCAAUUGUAAUGUUUCAGAUGAUGUUUUAAGGUACACACUGACACGCAACACCUUAGACCUGAACGGUUGUGUACUCGAGUUUUCACAUGACUAACUGGAAACCAGGCAUGGCAGGCUGUGCCAGCAAAGAUUUGUUCUCUAUGAACAGGCUAUGGGGGAAAAAAAGUGAAUCAAUACAAUGUUUUGAAAAAC